GUGGCGCUCGUGGCGCUCGCUGCCGCCCUCUUCGGCGCCCGCCCGGCGGCCUCAUCGAACCCGCUGGGGAAGGUGAUCGAACUGAUGGACAGCCUUACCGCCAAGAUCACGGCCGAGGGCGAGGCCGAGGCGAAGGCCUACAUCGAGUUCACCAGCUGGUGCGACGACGCCGCCCGCAACAAGAAAUUCGAGAUCAAGACGGCAACGACGCAGAAGGGCAAGCUGGAAGCCGCGAUCGCCAAGCAUGCCAGCGACAUCUCGGGCUCCGACGCCAAGAUCGAGGAGCUCGGCGCAAGCAUCGCAAAGGACUCCGCCGACCUGAAGGAUGCCACCGUCAUCCGCGAGAAGGAGGCUGGUGAGUUUUCCACCAACGAGGCCGAGCUUGAGGAGGCCAUCGACACGCUCGGCAGGGCCAUCGCCGUGAUCGAGAGGGAGAUGGCGAAGAACCCGGCGGCCUUCGCACAGAUGGACGUCUCGACCGUGGACAACCUAGUGAAGGCCAUGAGCAGCCUCGUAGAGGCGGCCGCCUUCAGCAGCGCCGACAAGCAGAAGCUCAUGGCACUGGUCCAGCGCGAGCCAAACACGGAGUCGGAGGGCCGGCCGGGUGAGCCCAGCUUGACGUGCGGCUUCUUCCUGGGGCCGCGCACGGCAGGCGCCACGGUCCGCCUCUACCUCGAGAAGUACGUGUCGCCCUCGGGGGACCUCGGUCAGCACCAGUUCAAGGUCGUGGAGCCGCUGGCGGCUAUCGCGCUGGAGCUGUCCAAGCUGCAGGCAAUCGAGGCUGACGAAGCGAUGCUGCGGAAGAUCGCGUCGCACCUGGUCGUGCCAAGAAGGCCAUGGCAGGUCGUGGGCUCGGACAUUUCCGACUGGGGCGUUGGGGGCGUGAAGCUUUCAGCGGCGAUCCGCGUGGGUCUUGUUCGCGUGGGGGCGGUCGCGGGUUUCAGGGAGUUGCAUGUGAAAAGACACGGCGCCUACGCGUCGCUGGCGAAGUACUUGGUGUGCGCCAUGGCCUGCGAAAAGGCUUCAGCGCUGUCCGAUCGUGGAAUGGCCAUUGGCGGACCAGGAGAAACCCGUGCUCGGCUGGACGGCGAUUAUCAAGCUAGCAGCAGCGGCGCGCAUUUGCUCGGGAAACAUUUCCCCAACCGGUGGAUGUCUGGCCACAGUGCCAACGACGUUGACGAGACUAGCAACAUGUGGGGCGACCCGCAGAAUAUCCACGGCGAGAUAGAGUCCAUCAGGCUGACGGCCAAGCAGGCCUGGAUCCAGCAGUAG